CUUUUCAAACCAUAAAACAAAAUUUAGAAUUAAUAUUGCGUAAACAUACUCUAAACCUGUGAUAAAUACGCAAUAAAUUUAUAAUAUAUAUAUUGCAAUGUUAAAAAAUACGAUUGUAAAUAUAAAUAUGCAUUUUGCAUACAUGAGAAGAUAAUAAAACCAUUAUCAAUCCACAAACGUAUACCUGUAUUGAUCUGUAAUCCCGUACCUGUAAUAUUGAUCUCUAAUCAGUAAGCGGCGUAAAAUAGGGAGUGUCGGAACACGUUAAAUUAAGCUUUUUCAACCACACCCAGGCCUCCGAUACAGCUGUAUAUUUUUCCUGCAGUCAGAAGUAUCCUGCCGAGGAUUAAAUGUGCGUCAAUAAGGCCAACGAAACGAUUAUAUACUCAAAGUUCUCUAUAUUUUUUUCGGGGAUAGGAUUCGACAUUUCGAACAGGAGGAUAUAUAUCGGAUCCGAAAUAUCUGAAGUCUCGUUUGGAUACCUUCGGAAGUCAAAUUUAAAUCACACAGUGUGAUGGAGGAGACGACGCUGCCGACGUUCUCUUCCAGCUCGUCGAACGAAGUCUCCACGAAUGGCGAUGUGGAGGACGUGGUGCAGCAGUGGCUAGAGAACGAGGCGUUACCGGGCUUUCGCAUCUGGCAGCUCGCCGGCAUUGUUCUCUCCGUACUGCUGAGCAUUGUUGUCGGGUUGUGCUGUUGCAUUCGUUUUCGCGUGCCCAGAACGAAGCAGGAAAUCGAGGCGGAUUACAUACGUAAAAGGAUCACCAAGAGUUUCCGGAACGAGCUCUCGAAGAUCAGCAACACGGAGAUGGACGACAUGGAUCUGCAGAAAGCUCUGGACAGAAUCCGAAACGAGUACGAGGAGGACGCGCCCGCGAUAGCGAAGGAGUGCGCGGAAAUGGCACAGCGGAAGGGUUUUCGAUCCAGAUUUAACGCUGUGUUCGGUGGGAUGCGUGUGCGUUUCAACCAACGCGAGCACGCGGAAUCGAAUGUCAUGAUCUAACGACGGCGGUCCUUUCGACCUCUGAUGUCCUGUGUGAGGAGAUUGAAAUACAUUCCUCUCGAGAGUAUAUGCUCCCAUAAUUGUCGCAUGUUAUAACUUUAGGGAUGUCGAAGGAAAUGGAGCAAGAGAAGAUGUAUAUUGAAAGUAAGAUAAUAUAAGUAAAACAUGUCUCCCUCUUCUUUUUCUUAGAUAAUUACCUCGGCACAAAAAAAAUUUAAAC